ACUUUUUUUAUAAUACAAAUAAAUACAAUGACAUUGUUCAUAUCAUAGAAAUAAUAUAUUCCUUUCAAAUAGGUGUAAUAACAGAUGUUUUACUUCAAAAAUGUCAGCUGUUGAUCAAGCACGAGAUCAAAAAUUUUCAAUUAUUACUAGAGAUGUCGGAAAUAUCUGGAAAAGAUUAUUUGAUCAUACGCAUUUCCUGAAUGGAGAAAUAUCUUAUAUUCUCAAUGAGUUUGAAUUGAAACGCGAAGAUACCGAAGUCACUACCCUAUUCUCAAUUGUUGAAAGUAUAACAGACCUAAGGGACACGGGGGUAAAUAAACUGAGCAAGGCCUUAGAUGAUAACUUAGAUGAACUCAAUCAGAAAUUAACUCACUCCCUCUCAUUAUCACAGAAAGUGCUUGAUUUGGAAACAAAAUAUAAAGAGGAUACAACUAUAGAAGAUUGUAAAAAAGAACGUAAGGUUGUUUGGGAACUGUUUAUGGAUGACAUAACAGAAAAAUAUUCGGAAAUAAAUAGUACUUUUGACCAGAAAGAGGCAGAGUUGAGAAACCAUUAUAUAUCGCUAGCAAAACAAAUUAAUUAUUGAUUUGAAAAUGACCUCACAUAAGGGACCAAUCAUUGAUCCAACACUAAAGUUCAAACCUUCAGAAAAACUUUAUAAAUACAUUACUAAGUUGAAAAUACCUGUAGAAGAUCUUCCAUCAGGUAUUUAUGCAUUAGUUACUAAAAAUAAGGUAACAGGUUUGUCUAAAACUGAUGAUACGAAUACACAUAUUUUGGUUUCUGAUGACAUAGAAAAAAUGAAUAAUUUAGAGAAGAAAAUAGAUAAUCAUUUAACGAGUUCUUCA